AUGGUUCAGGGGCCCAUGGGGAACUGUGCCAAGCGGCCCUGGCGUCGAGGGCCCAAGGACCCCUGGCAGUGGCCUGGCUCCCCCAGAGGGGGCUCCUGCUGUAGUGCCAGUCCCCGCCCCAAGGAGCAGGGGGGCGUCCAGGGCUACUCAGUGCUUGGCAGCCUGGUGGGGCCAGCCUGCAUCUUCCUUCGGCCCAACAUCGCCACCACCCAGCUCGAUCGGGACCUACGGCCUGAGGAGCUCGAAGAGCUGCAGGUCGCCUUCCAGGAGUUUGACCGAGACCGGGACGGCUACAUUGGCUAUCGGGAGCUGGGUGCCUGCAUGCGGACCUUGGGCUACAUGCCCACCGAGAUGGAGCUCAUCGAGAUCUCACAGCAAAUCAGUGGCGGGAAGGUGGACUUUGAAGACUUCGUGGAGCUGAUGGGCCCCAAGCUGCUGGCAGAGACAGCAGACAUGAUUGGUGUCAGGGAGCUUCGGGAUGCCUUCCGGGAGUUCGACACCAACAGGGAUGGCUGCAUCAGCCUGGGGGAGCUUCGGGCGGCCCUCAAGGCUCUGCUGGGGGAGCGCCUCAGCCAGCGGGAGGUGGAUGAGAUCCUGCAGGACAUUGACCUCAAUGGAGAUGGCCUGGUUGACUUUGAAGAAUUUGUGCGAAUGAUGUCUCGCUGAACCUGUACAGAAGCUGGAGGCAGCGGUCAGGCCUGGAGGACCACAGCCUCUUCAAACUAAGUGUGUUCUCUGAAGCCCAUCCUGUACAGCUGGGAUACUCCCCCAUCCCUGCCUGCCUUCACCCCUUACUCCAUCUCUGUUUCUGUGACAAUAAAGCAUCAUCAA